AUGAUUGAUUCAUAUCAUACCAAGGAUAACUUUUACCGAUAUGACUCUUAUAAAAAGACAGAGAAGCUAGAACAGAUUGUUAAAGAAUUUGAUCGAGAAGAAACAGAAUUUUUAUUGAAAACGGGAAAUUAUUCAGCGCAAUACCUUUUUGCAAAACAAGAUUUAAUCGAAUUGUAUAAUAAGGAGCGGAAAUAUAAAUCAAUUAUCAAUGAUCUUAAAGCAAAAUUAACAAAUCUUUUGCUUCGUAUGAAAAACUCUCAAAAAAUCAUUAGACAACCAAUAUAUGACGAUAACAACUCUAGGUCAAUUGAUAUUUUACUUGAAGAUAUAAAAAAGGCAGAAAAUUUAAUGAAGAAGAAUUCGUUAGAAAGUCUUGAGCAAUUAAAUCAGAAAGAAUUGAAUGAAUGCAUUGAAUUAGAAACUAUUAAUUCACAAAUGAAAGCAAAUAUGAAACUUCUUCAACAAACAACAAUACAACUUUUAUCUCCAAGACAAAAUUCAUCCUUCAUAUCAUCAUUUGAACCUGUUUUUGGAUCUCACAUGAUUGACGAGUCAUUAGCCGAAGCUGAUGAGAAAAUUUCAUUUUUACAAGAUUCAAUCACAAGAAGGAAAAACCAGUUGAAGAAACGCAAAUCAGAGCUUAAGAAAUUAGAAAGAAAAUACGAAGACGUUAGAAGAAUUUCAGAAGACAUGUAUACAAAAAAGCAACAAAAAAUAACAUAUUUAAAUAACACAUUAGAGGAAAAUAAAGAUCUUAAUAGCAAAAUAUUGGUGAUUGCUGAUGAAAUAAUCCAAAUGAAAAAGGAUCUUAUUGAUUAUCAAAAUAAGAGAUAUCAAAUUGAGCGUGAAAACUAUACAGUUUCAAGAGAUAAGAUAUAUAAUGAGAAAUAUAAGAAACAAAUUGAUGAAUUACAUCAAAGAGUGCAUGAUAAGCAGUUAGAAAUUGCAGAAAAUGAAAAAGUUUUAAAGAGAAUGAGGGAAAAUAGUGUUCAGUUAAUGAACCAAGUGACAACAUUUGAAUCUACUCUGCAAAGCGAUGAAAUAAGAAUCAAACAGCUUGAACUACAAGUAGAUUCCUUUGGAUUGAAAAUUGAUAAGAAAAUUGACAAAUCCAAGAGGGAACUUUCAAUGUUUACAGAAAAUUCAACUAAACUUAAUGUCGACCAAAAUACUUAUUUCGAUGAAUUGACUCGGUUAUUCAACGGAAAAUCUCCAAGAAAAUCACCGAGAAAAUCUCCCACUACAAAAUCACCGAGAAAAACUUUUUCAACACCGAAACGAGAUAAUUCUUCACCAACAAAAACAAUUAUCAACAUAGAUGCACCAUAUUUGAGUCCAAUAAUUAAGUCUCCUGCUGAAAAUCAUAUGGCUUCGCCAAUGAAAUUCCAACAGACAGAAUUAAAUUCUCCAUAUCGUUCUCCAAGAAUUCAAUCUCCAAAAUACACUUCUCCGAUGUAUUUAGAUCAGUUAUCUCAGGCUUUUGAAUAG